UUAAAAAUGAAAGUUCCAGAUGUCAAAAGAUGUUGCUUUUGUAUUCCAUUACGUUCUGGGAUUAUAAUCCUUGCAUACAUAAAUAUAAUUUUCUUAGUCUUAACGGUAGCAGUACUUGUUAUAAAUACAGAGAUACAGAAGUACACAUUAACGAACGAUUCGUCAGUGGAGGUUCUGACCUCCACAAUCUUGUUCAGUAUCCUCGGGAUGGGAGUCAUUCUUAACUUUCUACUUUUAGUGGCAGCUUAUCAGAAGGACAUCUCAAUGUUACGCCUGUACAACUAUUACGCUGUGACGACGUCUCUGGCCGCUUUGGUACCCACAUUUUUUCUUCUAUCUCGUCGAGUUUAUAUUGACUCCGCUAUUUCAUUUUUCGCUAUAGGAAUGCAAUUCUACGUUAUGAUGUUGGUUCGUAGCGAGGUCGUGAAAUUAGAAAGAAAAUUGUACCGGCGCGGUGAAGAUGAACACGAAAACGCUCAAGAGGCUGUGCAUGUACCCGAUUCUGUCACUUUAUUAUAA